GUUUUCCGCUCUUUGCCCUGUUCUCCCUUCUGGGAGAGCCUUUCGCGGAAGGAGGCAUGUGAGAACCAGCCUCCCUUCCUAGGACUCAGCCACUCUGUCCAUCCAGCUGGCAGAAGAAUGGGGCUGGAGCUCUACCUGGACCUUCUGUCCCAGCCCUGCCGGGCGGUCUACAUCUUUGCCAAGAAGAACCACAUCCCCUUUGAGCUGAGAAAUGUGGAGCUGUUCAAAGAUUCUAUCCUGGGGACCAAGGUGCCUGGAGCAGAGGCGGAAGGGGGGGAAAUACCCCCAUCAGGGUCGCUGCGCAAGGAGGGCACAAGAGUGAAGAAAGUCCCUAUCUUGAAGGAUGAGACCUUCAUCUUGACAGAAGGCACAGCCAUCCUUUUGUAUUUGAGUCGCAAGUACAACACCGCAGAUCACUGGUACCCAUCUGACCUACAGAAACGAGCAAAGGUGGAUGAAUACCUAUCAUGGCAUCAGGCUAACAUCAGAUCCAAUGCUCCCAAAACAAUGUGGAUUAAGGUACUGAUCCCCCUGUUCACGGGCCAGCCACUCCCGGCAGAGAAACUGCAAGAGGUGAUGGACGGGCUGGCCAUAGCGCUGGAUCAGUUUGAAGGGUUGUUUCUCCAGGACAAGCCCUUCCUGGUGGGCAGCGAAGUCUCUCUUGCGGACCUGGUGGCCAUUGUGGACCUCAUGCAGCCUGUGGGCGUCGGAUGUGACAUUUUCAAAGACAGGCCCAGACUGGCAGAAUGGCGCAAAAGGACAGAAGACGUGAUUGGAAAGGAGCUCUUCCUGCAAGCACAUGAAUUGAUCCUGAACAUUAGUAAACUGAGCACCAUACAGAUCGAUCCACAGCUGAAGGAGCAACUGGCCCCCGUUUUGUUAAAGAUGAUGAGAUGAGUAAAGGGAUUUCAAAAGAGA